AUGAAAGUUUCCUCUGAUCACCGAAGGAAAAAAAUGAAGAUGAAUACGAAUAUCAUCUUCUCCGCUGGAAUUAGUCUUCUAUUUCAGGUACUUGUACUCUCUUCUUCGCCUUCUUUCACUACCGCGAUGGCAAUUCAUUCCGAUGAAUACUGCGCAAUGUAUGAUAUCUGUGGUCAACGCAGUGAUGGCAAAGUUCUCAAUUGCCCCUAUUCUUCACCUUCCGUCAAGCCCGAUGAUCUUUUCUCCGCUAAAAUUCAAAGUCUGUGUCCCUCUUUAAAUGGAAAUGUUUGUUGUUCCGAGCAACAGUUUGAAACAUUAAGGGCACAGGUUCAACAGGCCGUACCCAUUCUAGUUGGCUGUCCUGCAUGUUUGAGGAACUUUCUGAAUCUUUUCUGUGAACUUUCUUGCUCUCCUAAUCAGAGUCUCUUCAUCAAUGUCACUUCUGUUUCUCAGGUUACUGGUAAUACGACUGUGGACGGUAUUGAUUUUUAUGUAACUGAAACUUUUGGAGAUGGUUUAUAUCAAGCAUGUAAGGACGUAAAAUUUGGGACAAUGAAUACACGGGCUAUAGAUUUUGUUGGGGCUGGAGCUAGCAAUUAUGAAGAGUGGUUUGCAUUUCUUGGAGAAAAAGUGCCUCCUGGUGGUCCUGGUUCACCUUAUUCUAUACAAUUUAAGACAACCAUUCCUGACUCAUCUCCUAUGAAACCUAUGAAUCCAUCUGUCUAUUCAUGUAAUGACACUUCACUCGGCUGCUCUUGUGGUGAUUGUCCUUCAGCUCCUGUCUGCUCGGGUUCAGAACCUUCACCACCCAUAAAAGAGCCCUGCUCCAUUAGAAUGGGAUCUCUGAAGGUCAGAUGUGUGGAUUUUUCAAUAGCUCUCUUGUAUAUUCUAUUGGUUUUUGUGUUGUUUGGAUGGGUGUUUCUGCAAAGGGCAAGACAAGAGAGGAGAGUUGACUCCAAUGUGGAACCAUUGCUGAAUGAUAUGGGUGGUGAAGGAAGUAGUUUUACUAACAUCCCAAGGGAUGAAACUCAUUCUGAAGAGGUGCAAGUGAUGGAUCCGCACAAGCAGAAUGCAAUGCAACUGUCUUAUGUUCAAGGAUGUUUGUCUAGAUUUUACAGAACUUAUGGAAGAUGGGCUGCUAGAAAGCCCAGUACUGUUCUUUGUUCCUCAUUGGCAAUUGUUCUUUUGCUUUGUUUGGGUUUGCUUCAUUUCAAGGUGGAAACACAACCUGAAAAGUUAUGGGUAGGUCCUGGAAGUAAGGCAGCAGAAGAGAAAGAUUUUUUUGAUAGCCACCUGGCUCCAUUUUACAGAAUCGAACAGCUCAUAAUAGCCACAAUUCCCGAAUCUGAGCAUGGCAAGCCACCAAGUAUCAUAACAGAAGACAAUAUUCAACUGCUUUUCGAAAUACAGGAAAAGGUUGAUGGAAUUCGUGCAAAUUAUUCUGGUUUGUUCGUAUCUCUGAGCGACAUUUGCUUGAAGCCUUUAGGCGAUGACUGUGCCACCCAAAGCAUUUUGCAGUAUUUUCAAAUGGACCCUGACAAUUAUGACAACUAUGGAGGUGUUGAACACGCCGAGUAUUGUUUUCAGCAUUACACUUCUACAGAAACAUGCUUUAGUGCAUUUAAGGCUCCCCUUGAGCCAACUACUGCCUUGGGAGGGUUUUCCGGGAACAAUUAUUCUGAGGCCUCAGCAUUUAUUAUCACGUACCCUGUCAAUAAUGCAAUCGCAAAAUUUGGAGAUGAGAACGGGAAGGCAACUGCUUGGGAAAAAGCUUUCAUCCAGUUAGCUAAGGAGGAAUUGCUGCCAAUGGUGCAAUCUAGCAAUCUUACUUUGUCUUUCUCUUCAGAAAGUUCAAUCGAGGAAGAAUUAAAGAGAGAAAGUACUGCUGAUGUCAUUACAAUACUCGUGAGCUAUAUUGUAAUGUUUGCCUAUAUAUCAGUCACACUGGGAGAUACACCACAUCGUUUAUCUUCUUUCUACCUCUCUACCAAGGUAUUGCUUGGUCUUUCGGGAGUUUUGCUUGUUAUGCUUUCAGUCCUUGGCUCAGUUGGAUUUUUCAGUGCUUUUGGAGUAAAAUCAACACUAAUCAUAAUGGAAGUUAUACCUUUUCUGGUUUUAGCUGUUGGUGUGGAUAACAUGUGUAUAAUCGUAGAUGCUGUGAAACGGCAACCCUCAGAUAUACCAAUAGAAGAACAAAUAAGCAAUGCAAUGGGGGAAGUUGGACCAUCCAUAACACUCGCGAGCUUAUCAGAGGUUCUAGCAUUUGCUGUAGGAUCAUUUGUUUCUAUGCCAGCAUGCCGUGUUUUCUCGAUGAUUGCAGCUUUAGCGGUUCUGCUGGACUUUCUUCUACAAAUCACUGCUUUUGUGGCUUUGGUUACAUUAGACUUUGAGAGAGCCAAGGAUAACAGGGUUGACUGCUUCCCAUGCAUUAAGUUGAACCGACACUCUAUGGAACAGAUUGAAGGAACUAGGCAGGAAACAGAUGGACUACUGACACGAUAUAUGAAGGAGGUUCACGCACCAUUUCUUGGACUAUGGGUAGUUAAAAUCUUGGUCAUUGCCAUAUUUGGUGCAUUUACCUUAGCAAGCAUUGCAUUAUGCACCAGGAUUGAACCUGGUCUUGAGCAACAGAUUGCUCUUCCGCGGGACUCCUACCUUCAGGGUUAUUUCAGUAACAUUUCUGAGUACCUCAGAGUGGGACCACCAUUGUAUUUUGUUGUGAAAGACUACAAUUACAGUUUGGAAUCGAAACAUACAAACCAGCUAUGCUCCAUUAGCCAAUGCGAUUCAAAUUCUCUUUUAAAUGAGAUAUCAAGAGCUUCAUUGGUACCACAGUCAAGCUACAUUGCCAAGCCUGCUGCCUCAUGGCUUGAUGAUUUCCUUGUAUGGAUAUCGCCUGAAGCUUUUAGUUGCUGUCGAAAAUUCACAAAUGACUCAUAUUGUCCACCUGAUGAUCAGCCACCUUGCUGUUUCCCAGAUGAAGGACCAUGUGAGUUGGGUGGAGUGUGCAAAGACUGUACAACAUGUUUCCGCCACUCGGAUUUGGUUAAUGAUCGUCCAUCUACAGCACAGUUUAAAGAGAAGCUUCCCUGGUUUCUUGAUGCGCUGCCAUCAGCUGAUUGUGCAAAGGGUGGCCAUGGAGCUUACACCAAUAGUGUAGAUCUCAAUGGUUACAAGGGUGGUGUCAUACAAGCUUCUGAGUUCCGUACUUAUCAUACACCACUUAAUAAACAAGGUGACUAUGUGAAUGCAAUAAGAGCUGCAAGGGAGUUUUGCUCUAGAAUUUCUGCGUCUUUAAAGAUGGAUGUAUUUCCGUACUCAGUAUUUUAUAUCUUCUUUGAACAAUAUUUGGAUGUAUGGAAGAUAGCCCUGAUCAACAUUGCGAUAGCACUGGGUGCUGUUUUUGUUGUUUGUUUGAUCAUCACAUCAAGUGUGUGGAGUUCAGCAAUCAUAUUACUUGUUCUUCUCAUGAUAAUUCUGGACCUCUUGGGUGUAAUGGCGAUUCUGGGUAUUCAACUAAAUGCGGUGUCUGUUGUAAACCUGAUUAUGUCAAUAGGGAUUGCUGUGGAGUUUUGUGUGCAUAUAGCCCAUGCAUUCAUGGUAAGUUCCGGGGAUAGGAGCCAACGAGCAAAGACAGCUUUGUGUACCAUGGGGGCUUCUGUAUUCAGUGGAAUCACACUUACAAAAUUAGUUGGAGUUCUGGUCCUUUGCUUCUCAACAUCGGAAAUUUUUGUGGUGUAUUACUUUCAAAUGUAUCUGGCCUUGGUUAUCAUUGGCUUCUUGCAUGGUCUGGUGUUUUUACCAGUGGUAUUAAGCCUGUUUGGUCCUCCAUCAAGAUAUACAGUUAUAAAGGAGUAG